GAAGAUUUCUCAGUCUGCAGUGACAAGGCGCACGCGUCGCGCGGGCCCUCUUUCUUUGACGUUCUCAGACAUCUAUCGAGAUAGAUAAAGGGAUUAAUGUGUGAUGUUAUUAAACAAAAAGUGUAUAAAUAAAAAGCGUGACGUGUUCCUCUCGCCAGUCCAGAAGUGAACUCAGUCUGUACAUCAUGGCUCUUCCGGGAGUUUUACUUUUUUCGCAAUAUAUGGAAAACUUUUGGGGCACACCACCUCCUUUAGUGGACUGGUCCGUUGGGAUCCCAACAUUGGUGCUUCUCGUGGUUGCGCUGGUGGUGGCUGCCACGGCGCUGAUGGCACGAGCAGCGGAUGGCAGGCAGGCGACGAGGCUGCCUGGUCCGCCUGCCUUGCCGUUCUUGGGUACUCGGUGGCUGUUCUGGAGUCGAUAUAGGAUGAACAAACUGCACGAGGCUUACGAAGACAUGUUCAGGCGUUACGGGCCAGUGUUCGUGGAGACCACGCCAGGGGGCGCCGCGGUCGUCUCCAUAGCUCAGCGGGAGGCGCUGGAGACAGUUCUUCGGACCCCGGCCAAGAGGCCCUAUCGACCGCCCACAGAAAUCGUACAGGUCUACAGGCGAAGCAGGCCUGAUAGAUAUGCUUCGACCGGACUUGUGAAUGAGCAAGGCGAGAAAUGGCACCAUCUCCGUCGCCACCUAACUGCGGAGUUGACGAGUCCUCAGACGAUGCAGAACUUCUUGCCUGAGCUGAACAACAUCUGUGACGACUUCCUCAACCUUCUGCAGUCCAGUCGCAAGCCGGACGGCACCGUCCUCGGUUUCGACCAACUCACCAACCGGAUGGGAUUGGAAUCGGUCUGCGGCCUAAUGCUGGGAACUCGGCUGGGGUUCCUCGAUCGCAGCAUGUCUGGCCGCGCAGCCACCCUGGCGACGGCGGUGAAGGCCCACUUCCGAGCCCAGAGAGACUCCUACUAUGGAGCCCCGCUGUGGAAGUUCGCGCCCACUCGCCUCUACCGUACCUUCGUUUGGAGCGAGGAGACCAUACACACGAUAGUAUCGGAUUUAAUGGAAGAAGCGAAGUCCCGUACUUGUGGCUCAUCGCAGGAUGACGGCAUGCAGGAGAUUUUCUUGAAAAUUUUGGAGAAUCCCGCUCUCGACAUGCGAGACAAGAAAGCCGCAGUUAUAGACUUCAUAACAGCUGGUAUUGAAACUUUGGCGAACAGCUUAGUCUUUCUUCUCUACCUGUUGAGCGGGCGACCAGACUGGCAGCAGAAAAUCCGGUCGGAAUUGCCAGUUUGUGGAGUCUUGAAGGCUGAGGAGAUGGCAGCUGCUCCAGCCGUGAAGGCAGCAACCAAUGAAGCCUUCCGGCUGCUUCCCACCGCACCGUUUCUUGCCAGACUUUUGGAGGCGCCGAUGACUAUAUCUGGACAUAAAUUGCCAGCCGGGACCUUCGUGUUAGCCCACACAGGUGCAGCGUGUCGACGCGAGGAGAACUUUUGGCGUGCGCAGGAGUACCUCCCGGAGAGAUGGCUGGAAUGCCGAGAGCCGCACGCGGCUUCUUUAGUCGCUCCUUUCGGUCGCGGACGCCGUAUGUGCCCCGGGAAGCGAUUCGUCGAGUUAGAACUGCAUUUAUUGUUAGCUAAGAUCUUGCAGCGAUGGCGAGUGGAAUUCGACGGUGAACUGGACAUUCAGUUUGAUUUCCUUCUGUCUCCCAAGUCUCCCGUGUCUCUUAGACUGGUCGAAUGGUAGACUGGACUCUGAAUGUCUUAUUUUUUUAAAAUUCCGAUCCGUCGCUUGAGAAUUGAUCAAAUGGAAAUAAGACGGAUAGAUUUUUAGACAUUUUACUUAUUGGCAUGAGACUUUUAAAUUAGUAAGUUAAAUCUAGUUUUAUAUUGUAAAAGUUUUUUUUUUGUAUUUGCGCUAGAUAAAAAAAUUUAAAUUUGGAUGCCAUUGUCUGUUCGUAUGAUUAAGUAACACGAGGUACAGUACAGGGUAUUUCCACAUUCUGCUCAAAUACACCCCAUUUCUUUUAGAUUUAAGAAUUGUCCGCAAAUUAAUUAAGACAUUGUAUAAUACUUACUAGUUUUAUAAAAAUAAAUAUGGCUGUGUUAAUAUCAAAAAUCAUAUUUAUAUAAUGUUAUAAACCACAAAUACCUCUUGUUUAUAAGACUGCGUUUGCCAGGACGUGCAUUUGUUUUGUCAGCAUUUAUAAUAUGUUUUCGUUUAAGUUUAUAAACGCUCUGAAAUUUAUCAAUAGGCAAAGGACCCAGCAGUGCAAAGACCAGUGCAUGUUCAAUUUGACUAAAUUCAGAAGUCAAGUGCAAUAUCAUUUAGAACCUCUGAAUUCAGCCAAGUUUAACGGGCACUGUAUAUUAACUUUCAUGGGUAGAAUCAGCAACAAUGUCCUAACUAGAGUCAUAAUAAAUAAGUCCUUUAUUUUCACGAAUUCCAUGGCUGAUCCAUAGUGGCAAUCGACUUUUUUUUAUCAUCGAGAUAUGUAAGAGUUUGAGAUAAUCAAGGUUUAUAAAGUUUCGAGAACAUUUAUUUUGUUUGCAGAAGUAUUUUAGAGAUAGAACUAUUUAAAAAAAAAACGCUCAUUCCGAUGUAUUUUAAACAUGAUACGACAGCUAAGAUAUUUUAUGUACAGA